AUGUUUCUUUACAAAAAACUAAUUUAGAAGUAAAUCAAAAAUUACAAAUAUAUACUUAAAUAUAAAUACACUGACAAGUAUGUAAUUUUUAAACAUUAAUCCAAGGAUAGAAGGUAAAAUUAUGGUCGAGCAGGGAUUCUUUUUUUUAGCAUUUUUUCCUUAAAAGAAGAUUUGUGGAAAAUUUCAAAAAUAAUGUUUUCCUAAAAUCAAAAUAUAAUUUGCAAAAUUAAUUCGAAUUUCAUUGUCUCUUUUCAAUUUAAAAAGAUUAGUUCUAAUUAUAAUUUAAUUUAAUCGCACUUAAAUACUAUUAUUUUCAAAAUACUAUAAAAUUAGAUCUAUGAAGGUUACUUCUAAUUUAAAUUAGUUUAUAGUCUUUAAUAUGCAAACUUUUGUUAACUUUGUUUCCAAAAAAUCUCAUUUACCUAUCAAUUGGAUUCAACUUUCUUAUUCAAUACAAUUAGUAUGGAAACCAUUGACUUACUAAAAAGUCAUAAUAGUUUUUGUAUUUAAUAUAAGUUCGAAUUUCCUUAUUUUCUUAUAUCUAGGCCUUUCAUAUCAUUUAUAUUUGUGUAAAAUAUUAAACAAGAUAUAUAAAUUGAGAAUAUCAUUUUUAAUCCUGAGAUGCAUUUUAUUAAACAUUAUAAGCAUCAUAAAAUUAAUCAAAAAUUAAUUCAUCUUGGUACAUUUUCAAACAAAAUGAGAAUUAAUGGUAAUUUCUCAAAAAUUAAAAAAUAGAUUUCUUGA